AUGGAAAGAGAAGACCCAGAGAACAAUAGCAACAUUAAUCAAGGCGAAAUUGAAGAGGAAAUUGAAUUACUCAAGGGACACAAUGUCAAAAGAAAUUCAGUGGUAAUUAGAGAAAUAGCACUUGAUCAUCAAAAUAUCGAGAAGAGUACUCUAGAAGUUAAAGAAAAUACCUGCGGUUACUGGUGCUUAAGAGGUGAACUAUUACAAAGAUUUGCAAAUCAAACUUCAUAUGUCAUACUUUACGGUUUGGUGGGCUGUGCAUUCUCUAUGUCUUAUGCUUAUUUCAAUGCAACAAUCACAACAAUCGAGAAACGCUUUAAAAUACCCACUAAAAAUACUGGAAUUAUUUCGGUAGGCAAUGACACCAGUCAGUUAUUUGGCGCUGCGCUUUUAGGUUACUUCGCUGGCAGAAGACAUCGUCCUAGAUGGAUUGGUAUAGGCAUUUUAACAAUGGUUACAUUUUGUUUACUUAAUGCAUCACUGCAUUUACUAUAUGGUCCGGGUGAAGAGGCACUGGCAUUAACUACUGAGUUCGGUGCUUUCCCAAAUGAAAAUAUUUCUAUCGAAUUGAAAUCAUUGGAAGCAUCAAAAAUUUUAUGUAAAUCUGAAAGGAAUAGUAGUGAGUGUAUUUCGGCUGAAUCUGGAAAUAUGUCCCCACAAAUUGUAUUAUUUCUGGCACAAUUUGUGUCAGGUAUUGGGUGCGCUUUAUAUUACACCUCAGGUGUGUCUUAUAUGGAUGACAAUUUAGAUAAAUCGAAGACACCAGCGUUAUGGAGUUUAUCGUACUUUCUCCAUAUGUUGGGACCAUCGGUUGGUUACACCUUAGCUUCCUAUUGUCUACAAAUUUAUAUCAGUCCAAAACUACAACCAACUAUCAAUAACGAAGAUCCUCGUUGGUUAGGAGCAUGGUGGAUUGGUUGGUUAGUGCUUGCUCUAUUAGUUUUUAUACCUGGUACAUUGCUAUCAUUAUUUCCUAAAUCCCUACCGAAACCUGUCAAACGACAAAAAAAGUUAGUACAGAUAGAACACAGAGGCGCACAAAUACGUCAAGAAGAGGGUUCUACUGAAAAGACUGUUUCUCUUCAAGAUAUGUUGAAGACCUUUAAACGUAUUCUGCAAAAUAAGACGCUUAUGUAUAAUAAUUUUUCAUCAAUUUUUUACUUCUUCGGAUACACGCCCUACUGGAUCUUUACACCGAAAUAUAUCGAAAUACAAUACAGACAAACUGCUUCUGCGUCAAGUUUCUUUACAGGUACCGUGGCUUUGGUUUUUACAGGAUUUGGUAUACUCUCUUCCGGUUUUGUUAUAUCAAAAUUUAAGCCCAGUGCACGUCGCUUAGCAGCAUGGAAUGUUUUUGUGAAUUUCGUAACAGUAGCUGGUAUACUCGGUUAUGCUUUUAUAGGCUGUGCGGAUAUUGAGAACUCCUUGAUAGUGAACAAUGGUCAUAAUGCCACCUUUUGCAAUAACAACUGCAACUGUGAAUAUGUGGCAUAUACGCCAGUUUGUGGUAGCAAUAAUAAAACGUACAUUUCGCCCUGUCACGCUGGUUGCAGAGCAAUAGGAAAUCGUGGGGAUAGUCAAACAAUUUAUGAAAACUGCAGUUGCAUUUCACCAAAUAAUUUGAAUGACAAAACUAUUUCAUUUGAUUUUGUUUUGGAUUUUAAUAGCUUGAAUUCCACAUCCCAUAUGACCCCUAUAGAUAAUACCUAUAACGCUACGCCUGGUGCUUGUCCUGUUGACUGUUUUAGAGAAUUCGUUUUCUUCUUAGUGGUUAUGUGUAGUUUGAAAUUUUUCGGUGCUACAGGACGUGCUUCGAAUUUAUUGAUUACGAUGCGUUGCAUACCUGUAGAGGAUAAGACCGCUGCUAUGGGAUUUGGUAUGACGUCGAUCUCGCUGCUCACUUUUAUACCGAGUCCUAUUCUCUUUGGUUGGUUAAUGGAUAGUUUGUGCUUGGUGUGGGGUAAGACUUGCACAAAUAAAGGCAAUUGUUGGUUGUAUGAUGCUGCUACGUUAAGAUAUGCUUUAAAUCUAACAGCUGCUGCUUUUAUUAUAGUUGGAGGGCUAUUGGACUGUGUUGUGUGGUUGCUUGUUAAAGACCUAACAAUUUUUGAUGAAGAGAUGCAAAUUAAUAUUUUGUUGGAUGACGAAAAGGCUAAUACGGAUAAAACUACCAAAAUUCCGCAAAAACUUAUCUUCAUUUUUACAAAGUUUUUUAUUCAAAGCACGUCAAACUCAAUUCUAAGCACAUUAAAUUCAAAUACUUUUAUUUAUAUACAAAUUUUGACGUGCAAAAACGCUAAAAAUCAAAAUAAAUAA